AAAAAAUUCACGUGGGCAACCCAUUCCCCAUCUAUAAAAGAACAUUCCAGCCGUUCAGGAGUCACCGAUUCCCCUUGUUAAUCUAAAAACCUAAACCUUCAAGAAAAAUCUCUCGUUGCAAAAACCAAUAUGCCUCGCCGAAACUCUGGAAGGUCUGCUUCUCGCCCAGCCCCUCGCCGUGCUCCUGCACGCAGCCCACCCCCUCAACCAGCUCAACAUGCUCCUCCUCCAGCUCCUGUUCAGAGUGGAAGUGGUGGAUCCUUGCUUGGAGGCAUAGGCUCUACCAUAGCUCAGGGCAUGGCUUUUGGCACUGGAAGUGCUGUGGCUCACAGGGCCGUUGAUGCUGUGAUGGGUCCUCGUACUAUUCAACAUGAAACUGUGGUUUCUGAGGCUGCAGCUGUCCCUGCACCAACAGCCACCACUAAUAGUUUUGCUGGCUCUGAUGCAUGCAGCAUCCAUUCCAAGGCAUUCCAAGACUGCCUGAGCAGCUAUGGAAACGAAAUCAGCAAGUGUCAAUUCUACAUGGAUAUGUUGUCUGAGUGCAGGAAGAACUCAGGCUCCAUGUUGGGUGCCUAAUCUUAUUCCAUAUUUGUCGCCGUGCAAUGGAAUGUCAGCUUUGGACUUCACUUUUAUUUAUCUUUGUUGGUUCAAUAAUGUCUAUGAAUACUCGGUCUAAGUGAUAUUAUUUUCAGUGGUUGAACCCUUGAACCAUAAACCAUGGAUGGAGAGCACUAAUAGUUUCUCUCUUUAAUAUUUGAUGAAUAAUUGGUAGCACAAUAUUUUUCUUGA